ACAGCAGAUGAGUACUACCACUCACCACACACUCCACCCACUGUGACUGUCCCUGCAAUCUUGUCAUUGCAUACACUAUUCAUCAAGUCCUUCAGUACAGUCCCAGCCCUGUGCCUGACACCACACAGCUGCAGAGAUGAAUAACCAAGGAGUUACCUAUGCAGAACUCAGUCAGGUUAAGGGUUUAAGAAGACAGCAAGUGAAAGCUGAGGGCACUAAACGUGGCAUUUUGGGAACAGAGCAGGAAAUAACGUAUGCAGAAUUAACUCUUCAAGAUGCUUCUCGGGAUCUUCAAGGGAAUGGCAAGAACUACCAAUGGAAAGGGAAGGUCAUUGCUGGGAUCCUGGGAAUCAUCUGCCUUGUCUUGUUGUCCACUGUGGUCACAAUAGCUGUUAUUCCCUUUACUGCAGGACCGGUGCAGAACAAGCUGUCUGUGGAAAUAAAGACCCAGAAAGGUAGAAAAUCAUUUCCAAAACUCUGGUAUUAG